GUCUGAGGCGGCGGCUCCGCUCCUCCGCCCCUCGGUGCCCCGGCCCCGCCGAGACCGGAGAGCUGUCCUUUUUCAAGCCAGAGAGCCCAUCUGCCUUUGUGCUGAAGAAGGUGGUGUGAACACUCUGACCAGAAGGAAUCGUAACCGGGAUCCCUGGCAGCAAGCGCGCCCUACGAGACGGUAGCCGAAACUGCUCCACUGCAGUAAGAAGUAUUCUCACGUGCUGGGGCCUGGAGCCGAUGGCAGACAAUGUCAACAACUAACAACAUAGCGCAGGCCCGGAAGCUGGUGGAGCAGCUCCGCAUCGAAGCCGGCAUCGAGAGGAUCAAGGUCUCGAAAGCAUCUUCUGAGCUCAUGAAUUACUGCGAGCAACAUGCCAGGAACGACCCGCUGCUGGUUGGAGUGCCCGCUUCGGAGAAUCCUUUUAAGGACAAAAAGCCUUGUAUCAUCCUAUAGCUUUCCUGGCUCCGGCGCGUGCGAUCUCUCAGGCAGGGCACCGUUCUCCAUCAACUGAAACCAAGCUACAAACUUACAACUGCGCCGAGGGGUAAACACUAAACGUUGGAUUCAAAUAGAACUUAAA